UGACGUCCGUAUGAUGUCUGUUUCGAUUGAUGCGAGAGCGCGGUGUAAGGUAACGGUCAGAACCUCGCCGCAUGUGUUUUUGCCGCAUGCGGCAAGAAAAGAAUCAAUAAUAUAAUAGCUUUUCAAGGUAUUAUAAUGAUAUUUUGUUGUUUCUUUAUAAAGAUACUGUGCGGAAGAAACUGUGCGGAACACAGAAACUGAGCGGAGCACACAAUAACUGUGCGGAGCACAUAAACUGUUCGGAGCACAGAAACUGUGCGGAGCACACAAACUGUGCGGAGCACACAAACUGUGCGGAGCACACAAACUGUGCGGAGCACACAAACUGUGCAAACUGUGUGGUAGUUGGGCGGAGCACAAAAAGUGUGCAAAGCACACUAACUGGGCGAUAACACAGUAACUGUGCAAAAUCUGUGCGGGAACACAGCUACUGUGCGACCACACAUUAAGUGUGGUACAGUAUCGGACAUAAUGAUAGGGUAUUGGUUUUUUCAACGCACCAUGCACCCGUUGGGCCAGGUCUAUGUGUGGUUUGUAUGUGUUUGUGUUUGUGUGUGUGUGUGUGUGUGUGUGUGUGUGUGUGUGUGUGUGUGUGUGUGUGUGUGUGUGUGUGCAUGUGUGUGUGUGUAUGUGUGUGUGUGCAUGUGUGUGUGUGUGUAUGUAUGUUUGAGUGUGUAUUGGUGUGUGUGUUUGUUUCACAAGUAUGUCGUUUCGGAUAGAUUUGUUAGUAGUUUGUUUGUGUUUUGGGUUAGGUUUUUGAUGUAAUAAGCAGGACCACCACCCUCGCGAUCAGUGUUUCUUCGAUCUAUUAACAACUUUACGGUCUUCUUUCGCCGUGGUCUUCUGAGGACGUCCGGUUGACUUGCGCGUUUCGAUUGUCCGAAGCGCGUUUGCCACAAAGGUGCACGAUCGUUCCAUCACGAACUCGAUCGUUUUGCGCUUAAUGCCAGCAGCCGCCAUUCGCUUUAUUAUAUGGCGCUGAUCAUCGGUACAAUGUUUACCUCGACCCAUUGUUACUAACAUUGCUUGCUUGGACCGUCAAGAACGCGCUGGUUAAAAACUUGGACACGGCUGAUCCCGUGCUCUGCCUGCGUUCUGCUGAUGGAUAAAAACUAUCAAUGAGUAAGCGAGUGAGCGUCUACCCAUUUAAAUCGAGAACAGAAUACUGCCGCGCUCAUGAAACAAAACGCCCAUUGAAAAGAACAACUGCGCGCCAGCUCUGUGCACGCACAAAGUUUCCUAUGCACACACGAGCUUCAACGCAGAGAUGCACGCAGGCCUUUCAAUGGCGUGCACUGGAGAAACACCUGUGAGGGAAUGCCGAGUUCAUUGUGCGCGUGUCCAUUUCGCAUUGCUGUCGCAUGCACAUUCAUCAAUCAGCACACCAGGAACAAGCGCUGCUGUAGAUGCAAACUUUAGCUUUUAUCCAAGUGUGAACGCACGCUGUUUCACAUGAUAACACACAUUAUCAGAAUAAUUUCAACGCAAUAUGACUACAUGGCAAGCUAAUUUUUUCAGACACAAACCCGCGCACUCGCAAAUACACAUUAAAAAGCACACUCUAUAACUCCUUCUACUACACACACACAAACACACACACACACACACACACACACACACACACACACACACACACACACACAUGUGUGAUGGGAUCUAGAGAAAUUCGAAGAAAUGCUUAAGAGGAUUUCAGAUGAGGUCUACGAUGUUAAUCCUAUCAUCAUUUCAGGAGAUUUUAACGCUUGGGCCACGGAAUGGGGCAGUAAAAGCACAAACGCCAGAGGAAACGCCGUGUUGGAGCACUUUUCUAGACUGAACUUAGCACUUGGCUCCUGUCCCACAUUUGUAAGGAAUAGCAGAACUUCCAUUAUAGACCUUACGUUCUGUAGUCCAGCAUUGGCUUCUUCCAUGAACUGGAGGGUAAGCAACGCCUACACCCUCAGCGACCACCGAGUGAUACGCUACACGGCAGGAAGCAAGUGCCACAGGGUUGUCCAGGGCUCCGGUUUUCCAGCCUGGAAAACACAAUGCUUCAACGAAGAACUGUUUAUUGAGGCAUUGAGGUUUGGCGAUUUCACACCUUUCAGAAACACCUCGUCAGCAUUGGAGCUAGCGUCAGCGAUCGCCAACGCCUGUGACACCUCUAUGCCACGAAGGAAAGGGGGACCUUACCCACGACGGAGAGCUUACUGGUGGACUACCGAAAUAGCCCAGUGCCGAAGCCAUUGCAUCGAAGCACGCAGAAAGAUGAAUCGAGCCAAAUCCUCGGAACAAAGGGAGGAUCUGAGACGUUGGUACAUCCUGGCACGAUCAAAUCUAAAACGGAAGAUCAAGGCAAGUAAAAGGAGAUGCUUUUUGGCCCUAUGCGAUGAGGUUGAAAACAACCCGUUUGGUGCUUACCGAACGCUAAUGGGUAAGAUGGUCGGCCAAGACCUACCUAGGGAAAGGAACCCAACCGUGCUCAAGACUAUCAUUGAACAGUUGUUUCCUAACCAUGAGCCACAAACUACACGUGAUAUACCCCGCAAUCCUGAUGUUGAAUCUGUGUCAAUAUCCGCUGAUGAACUACAGAAGGCUGCAGACCAUCUCAAACUGGGGAAGGCACCUGGUCCGGACGGUAUCCCCAUUGAAGCGAUGAAAGCAGCUAUCAAAGCGUACCCAGAAGCUUUUUUAUCAGUGUUCCAGAACUGCUUCGAUACUGGUUUUUUCCGAUACCCUGGAAGCGACAGAAACUCGUUCUUCUACCAAAGCCUGGAAAGCCCCCCGGCGAUGCAUCAGCACUAAGGCCUUUAG